AUGAACACCACCGCGAACGACGAGAUCACCACCGCCACCUCUGCGAUCCUCGAUGGCGCAAUCGCGAAAUUGCGCGAUACCUUCCCCUUCAUGGACCCUACACGCCUUGAGGCCAUAGUUGCCAAAGCAUCAGCACAGAUACAGCACGACCUUCACUUGCUCGAGCCCGCAUCAACUGCACGCAGGGCCCGUUUCGACCUCAACAAACCUCCCGCCGAAAUCCGCAUCACUAUUUACGAAUUGCACGUCGCUGGCCCGGCUGCCUCCGGAAACCGACCCCCAUUUCCAAAGAUUCUCCACAUCAACCGCCAGAUCCGCAACGAAGUCCUCCCCAUUUCCUACAAACAGACCCCCUUCACACUCACAUUCCUAAACAACGAAGAAGUGGUCCCACACGAGCCAGUGCCCAAGUGGCUCGAUCUCAUCGGGCCGACUUCAGCUAGCUUGAUCAAGCACUUCGAGGUUUUCUUCGAGGACAUGGACUAUCUGGACGUUGCGAUGUGUAUAGACCAAGCUAACAAGUGGCACAAACGUGGGCGAAAAGGUCGCAUGCCAAUGACCAUUUAUAAUGUGCGCAAGCGCGACAUCGUCAAGGCACUACUGCUGGACAGGAGUAGUGUUCCAUAUGAUGUCAUCAAGGCUGCGCGAUGGGAUAGUGAUUUGGAUGGCUCGGUCUACAAGUUCCAAUACAAGGACCAGGAAACUGGCGAGGGAGAGCGGAGUGGUGGCGCGGAGUAG